CAAUGUCCUCCAUCUCCUAUUGGAUAGUCUCAACCGCACACUUCCGAAUCCUUUGCUGGUUGCGACACUCCAACAUGCUUCCUACUCCUUCGACUUCCCACGUCUGCUUUGAUCGUGUGUACGAGCCAGCCGAAGAUUCCUUUUUGCUGCUAGAUACCCUAUCAUCGGCAUCGGAAAGCGGUUUUCUGAAGGAUCGAUUCAAUGCUGAAUCAGGUGCCCCGCCUCUCGUACUUGAAGUGGGUGUAGGGUCUGGAGUCGUAUUAGCUUUCACAGCUGCCAACGCGAAAAGCAUCUUCGGCCGCCAGGAUGUGCUUACCCUAGGCACGGAUAUCAACAGCUUUGCUUGCAAAGCAGCCUCACAAACCGUCCGUACCGCCCUGAACGACAACGUGAACCCCGCCUCGACAUUCCUCGACGUGGUAAACGGCGAUUUGGCAUCCUCGAUCCGGCCACAUUCGAUUGACGUCUUCAUAUUCAAUCCACCCUAUGUUCCGGCGGAGCUACCAAACUUUACGCAUCAUGACCGUUACAGUGUCCUGCCUCCCGGAAAAGACGCUACCUCCUUCGAGCAAGACUCGUACCUGCUGGAGUUGUCGUAUGCAGGAGGGGAGGAUGGAAUGGUGGUGACGAAUCGCAUGUUGAAUCAGAUCCCGGAACUUCUUGAUGUCGGACGGGGGGUGGCAUACGUAUUGCUCUGCGCGCAGAACAAACCGGAACUUGUGAAGGAGCAAAUAAGGGAAUGGGGCGUCGGCUGGGAGGCGGAAACAGUAGGCUCCAGCGGAAAACAGGCCGGUUGGGAAAAGUUGCAGAUUGUGCGCAUAUGGAGAAAUCUGAAAUGA